UUCAGCAUGUCAAGAGAUGCUGCAGCCACGGAACAUACCGCUGAUGAGAACGCCCCUUCGCGUUAGCCAAGACACCGACAUGAACAUCAAACCAUGUGCUCAAUCACUUACCAAUUCAGAAGGUCAAGAGAUGCCGCAGCCAUAGCCAUGAGUUCGUGAAAGCAUGGGGACAUAUGCAAAUUCCUUAGCCAUCAGAGAGAUUGACUUGAUGAGCCAUCCAUCACUGGAAGUAUGACAAAACUCAAUGCUUCUUGAAGCAUCAAACUAUGGGAUAGAUUGUUGAGCUUAUAAGAAUACAGAAAACACAAACACAAGGGCAGAACAAGAUUAAAAGACUUCAAAUUUCAGACAAUCAUCACAUAAUAAGAAGAAAACAUAAAACAGGCCGUGGCAAUAGUAAUUUCUCUCUUCUUCUCUCCAGGAGCUUUAUCAAUUUCAUCAAAGGCAAUAGCUUUCGCUUUGCCCUCUUCAGCAAGAACCUAAAUAAUUAGCAGCAUCCAUAUCUCAACUUUAAGACAAAAGAGGUUCUCCACCAACUAGAAGAAACUGUAAUCAAUCUAUUAGAAAAAGAAUCAACUUUGUGAUUGCAGCAGCCCAUGAGCCAUGUGUUCCUCCUCCUCCUUCGCCUUAGAGGAUCCACCGCCACCGCCAACGCCAACUGAGCCAUGUGUUCCACCUCCUCCGCCUUAGAGGAUCCAAAUUGAAUAAAUUUUGUAAAGAUUUCUCAAAACAUUGAUCAACAAUUGAUCGAUGAGAUUUCUCAAAUCCAAAAAGAAAAAAAAAAGAACAUCGACGAAGGGGAAGAAAGAGAAAGCUAAAAUUUUGCCCAUUUUUGUCUUAGCCAAUAACAAAAAUGCACGUAUGGGGGUUGCUAUCAAUUCUAAAAGUGUCAUAUUAGGAACCGGGUCCUCUUCUUUAUCUCAUUUUUGAUGAUUUUUUUUUUUUUUUUAAAGAACCUGUAGUUUAAAGCCUCCGAUGGAGGUGGUCUUAGGCCACUUACGCCACUUACAAUGAGGGUGUUGAAACCCAGUUUUAACAGUUGAACCCAAUGCAGUGAGAGUGUUGAAUUUCAGUGUAAACCUACGUGGAUUAAACAUGCGUUGGAAACUUUCAACGGUUGAAAAAAAGAAAAAUUUAGGCGCGUGUGCGCACGCACGCGGGCUGACACGUUUUUAUUUAUUUUUAUUUUUUUAGGAUUUAAAUGCUGUUUUCUGAUUGGCUAUGCAGAUUUUCUUUGAUUUUAUGCUCACCCAAUAAUUCAAACUCAUUUAUUUUAUAAUAAAACUAUUUUCACAAAAAUAAAAAUUAUAUCAAAAUUCAAGAUUUUUUUUAAUCUAUAAAUAGAGACUACGCUCAUUUCGUUUGGAUACAUAAAAAAACAUUAUUUUUCAUUAUAAUCAACUAUUUUAGUGUUUUAAACUUUUUUUUUGUUAAAUGGAUCCCAAUAAUAAUCCUUUCAACACCCAAAACUCUUCUAAUUUUCCUUUUAACUUCCAAAAUCCAAACAAUUAUCAAUUUCAAAACCAAACUUCCAACCAGCCCCAAAAUAUAUCAAAUUAUGGUUUUUCACCAAUUCUUUUCAUGUCAUCAUCUGUUCCAAAUUAUCUUCCAAAUUACGGAUCAAUGAUGCAAUAUUUUUCUCAAACACCUCCUAUUUCUUCUACUCCAACGGGUGAUGAAAAUGUUCCGAGAGCAACUGAAUUUCCCGAAUUUUCUACCCAAAUAGCUCUUGGUAGCAUGAGCGCUCAAGCUCGCCGCAAAAGUCCUAAGUGGACCACCGAUCAAAAUUUGGUGCUACUUAGUGGAUGGAUUAAAUAUGGAACAUACAUCAUUGUUGGCAGGAACCAGAAAAGAGAAGCAUACUGGAGUAAAAUUUCUGAGUACUGUAAUGAGCAUUGUUCAUUUGAUCCUCCCCGUGAUGGAGCUUCAUGCAAAAAUCAUUUCAACUAUAUGAAUAAAAAGUUGAGCAAAUGGAGUGGCGCUUACGAUAACGCUAGGCGUAUGCAACGAAGUGGAUGGUCGGAGAAUGAUGUAAUGGCAAAAAUGAACAUUUCAAUUUCAUGUCGGAGUGGCUUGAUGUUCGUGAUCAACCGCGCUAUAGUAGUCAAGUAGGAGAAAAU